AUGUCUUCCUCAAAGUCCUUGGACACCACAGCACAGAAAGCUCAAGGCCACAGCACACCCCUGAUGGGCUUCUGCCAAGCUAAAACAUCACAUUCACCAUUCUCUUCAUCACCAUCAACAUCAUCUCCAACCCCAGCCACCUCACCUACCGAGAGGAGAGGGAGGAGAAAGCCCACAGAGCCGGGGAGGUUCCUUGGUGUGAGGAGAAGGCCUUGGGGGAGAUAUGCUGCUGAGAUAAGGGACCCUACAACCAAGGAAAGGCAUUGGCUUGGGACCUUCGACACAGCCCAAGAGGCUGCCCUGGCCUAUGACAGGGCUGCCCUCUCCAUGAAAGGCACCCAAGCCAGGACCAACUUCAUCUAUACAGACACCCCCAUCUCCACUUUCCAUUCCCUCCUCACUCCUUUCCACUCCCAAAGCUUCAUCCCACCACCAAUGCCACCACCUCCAACCCAACCACACCACCUCCUUGUCCCUACAUCCAUGCAAACUACCAAUCAGAGUAUUCCAAGUGAGUGCCCCAUGAGCCACCACUUCGCCUUCCAAUCCGGUGGCAACACUAGCACCAUGCCCACCUCCAAUUCAUCGAUGGAGACCGACAUUGCUAAUGACUUCCUAUUCUCCGAUGACAGCCGGUCCGGUUACUUGAGCAGUAUAAUCCCUGAGAGCUGCCUCAGGUCCUCGCCAAAACACUCUUCUCCAAGCCAGGAUAUCAGCAGCUCAUGUGAGUUGAAUGCCCAAAUCCUCUCCCCUCCUAGCCAAGUUCAGAGUCAUGGCUCCAACAGUGCCUCCUCUUCUUAUUCUGCAACAAAUGGGGCUCUUUUUGAUGCCUACAGUGGUGGAAUGGGUGCAAUGACCUCAGUGGACUUCCCUUGCCUCACCGAAAUGAACGGUGGGUUCUGGUUGGAUGAGCCACUGUGGGAACUUAGUGCAUGCGAGUUCCCUGCCACCACUAUUAGUAGCAUGGGGGAUCUUAGCUCUUCCUUGAUGCAAGCUCCAGUUUGUGGGUCAUUGCCUCAGGUUUCGGACUCCUCUCCACCAGCUUCCUCACUAACUGAUGUUUUUGAAGUAGGUUACUCACUCUUUUGA